AUGGCUUCGAACGGCGCUAGCUCUUCUUCAGCGGGAAUUAAACCUCCUCCACCUCUUGCGAAGCAGACGAGAAAAGAUGUCGAUAGCAGUCUUGACAAAUUUUCUGCAUUGAUCAAUGCUUCAAACCGCCCUCUACCUAACCGCUAUGGCAACGGCACAGACAGGUCCCCAGAAGCCGAACAGACAGGUAUCUGGACAGAUAUCUCGACAUUGAGAAAAGGUGGCUUCCUUCUAGAGUCCGUUGCUACAUUAUGGCAGCUUGUGCAACAGAAGAGGCGCGGAGGACCAGUGGACGAUAAAACUAUGAUCAUGGAACGAGUUAUUCAACUCACCUCACGAUUGCCACCUACCAGUAAAGUUCGAAUUUCUCUGACUACCCACCAAGUUGAUCAAUUGUGGGAUUCGCUCCAGCAUCCUCCUCUAUCGUAUCUUGGAUCACAGUUUCAUUACCGCCAACCUGAUGGAAGCUACAACAACGUUAUGUACCCACAACUCGGGGCGGCCGGGUCACCAUAUGCGAGAUCUGUUAAGCCAAUGACGAAGAUGCCUGCCGCUCCACCAGAUCCAUACCUGGUUUUCGAUAGCAUCUUCAGUAGAGGAAAGAAUGAUGAGAACUACCGUGAACAUGACAACAAUGUCAGCAGUAUGCUAUUUUACACUGCCAGUAUUAUUAUUCAUGACUUGUUUCGAACCAACCGUGAUGAUGCCAACAUUUCUGAUGCAUCGUCGUAUUUGGAUCUCGCUCCUCUUUACGGAAACAACAAAGAUGAUUUAGAUAAAAUGCGUACUUUCGUUGACGGAAAAAUUAAGCCAGAUUCGUUCUCUGAGAAGAGAUUGUUGGCUUUCCCGCCAGGAGUGUCAGUUAUGGUCAUCAUGUUUGGGCGUUUCCAUAACUAUGUUGCUGAGCAAUUAAAAGCUAUCAACGAAGGCGGGAGAUUUGAUUUGAAGUACCCCCGACGACCUGUCCCAGAUAAGACCCGAGAGCAGAUUCAUGCCGAGGCUUUGGCAAACCAAGAUUACGAGUUGUUCCAGACAGCCCGUUUAGUUACCUGUGGUCUCUACAUCAACUUUAUUCUCAACGAUUAUCUCCGGACAAUUGUGAAUCUCAACCGCGUUGACACUACAUGGACGCUUGACCCCCGUUUUGACCCCGAUAAGAUUUACAACCCUGAUGGUACGCCCGCAGGUGUUGGAAACAUGGUAUCGGUUGAGUUCAACUUAGUCUACCGCUGGCAUUCGUGUAUCUCGAAGAGAGAUGAUGCCUGGACCAAGGAAUUCUACGCAGGUUUAUUCCCCGGGAAGAAUCCCGAUGAUGUUAAUAUGAGGGAAUUCUUAGUGGGUGUAAAUCAGUGGGAAUCGAAGAUUCCCAGUGAUCCUGUCAAGAGAACCUUUGGUGGAUUGUCGAGACAGGGCGACGGAAGCUUCAGAGAUGAUGACCUGGUCAAGAUUCUUACAGAGAGUAUCGAGGAUGUUGCUGGUGCAUUCGGUGCUCGUAAUGUUCCGCAUGUCCUGCGUUUGGUAGAGGUUCUCGGGAUCGAGCAGUGCCGCAAAUGGAGAAUUGCAUCUCUCAACGAGUUCCGUGAAUUCUUUGCCCUCAAGCCCCACAAGACUUUUGAGGAUAUCAAUCCCGACCCCAAAAUCGCGGAUACACUCCGUCAACUUUACGACCACCCUGACUAUGUUGAACUAUACCCUGGUCUUGUUGCUGAAUCUGACAAGAAGCCUAUGGUUCCCGGUGUUGGUAUUGGUCCAACCUACACAAUCUCAAGAGCUAUCUUGUCCGAUGCAGUGACAUUAGUCAGAGCAGAUCGUUUCUACACUGUAGACUACACUGCUGGUGCAUUGACCAACUGGGGUCUCGCAGAGGCCUCUUCCGACGUGAACGUCCUGCAUGGUUGCGUCGGAUACAAGUUGAUUCUGAAGGCCUUCCCGAACCACUUCAAGAGCAACUCAGUCUAUGCGAUGUACCCUCUUACCAUUCCGGAAGAGAACAGAAGAAUUCUCACUUCAUUGAACACGGUCGAUCAAUUCGACUUCAGCAGACCAAAAUUCACCCCAGUCCGUAUUCCGAUCUCAUCAUACGCUGCCACUAAGCAGAUUCUCAAUGAUUCGACGAACUUCAAGGUUACUUGGGGCGAAGGGUUCGACUUUAUCAUGAAGGCCGAUUUCAUGCUCAGUGGUGACACAAGCUCCAACGCUCAACAGAAACAAUUUGUGAGGGAACGGUUCUACCUGAAGGAUGUGGACUGGAAGGCACAGAUUAAGCAGUUCUACGUUGAAACAACCAGAGAGCUCCUCAAACAGAAGUCUUAUCACAUUGGUGGUAGAUAUAUGGUUGACGCUAUCCGCGACAUUGGUAAUAUGGCGGUAACGCACUUUGCAGCGACCAUUUUCAACCUCCCGAUGAAAUCUGAGGAUCAUCCUAAGGGCAUCUAUACCGAGCAGGAACUGUACAUGAUUCUUUGCGUCAUGUUCAUUGUCAUCUUCUUUGAUGUUGACCCUUCAAAGUCGUUCCCGCUCCGUCAAGCAGGGUACGGAGUGGUUCGCCAAUACGGAAGCUUGGUAGAAUUGCAAGUUAAGAGCAUCAAGAACUGGGGAUGGCUUCAGGGUAUCUGGGAUCCUACAAAUGUCCGUGGCAGGAACAACAGCGCCCUUUCCUCGUAUGGACAUCACAUGAUCAAACGGCUCCUGGAUGGCGGAAAGUCUGCAUACGAUGUCACCUGGUCUUAUAUUGUCCCCGUUGCUGGUGCCUCAGCACCCAACCAAGGUCAAAUCUUCGCGCAAGUACUCGACUUCUAUCUUGAAGAAAAGAACGCCCACCAUCUUGCAGAAAUCCAACGUUUGGCAGCACUCGACACUGAUGAAGCCUGGGAGACUAUCAAGAAGUACGCUCUCGAGGGAGGACGUCUUGCUGGUACCUUCGGACUCUACAGGAGGUGUUCCAGUGAUGUCACCAUCAAUGACUAUGACCGAAUUCUUCAUCUAAAGGACGGUGACCUUGUGUUUGUGAACUUUAUCACGGCUUCUCGCGACAAGGACGUCUUCCCAGAUCCUGAGGUCAUCAAACUUGACCGUCCAGAAUCACUGUACAUGCAGUACGGUGUUGGCCCACACGAGUGUCUUGGAAAGGCAGCAAACAUCAUUGGGUUGACAACCAUGUUGAUGGAGUUCGGUAAGCUGAAGGGCUUGAGACGUGCAUCCGGCAAGCCAGGUAUUCUCAAGGCCAUUCCCAAGCCUGGUGGUUUCAAGGUUUAUAUGAAGGAGGACUGGAGUGGUUUCUGGCCUUUCCCUACUUCCAUGAAGAUUGAGUUCGAUGAACUUUCUUAA